AGGAAGAAGGUGUAUGGUUAAGAAAACCCUAUAGAAGAAGAAAGAUGAGGAUGUUUGGUUAAUAAAAACCUAUAAAAUAAGAAAGAAAGAAGAGGGUGGUUGGUUAUGCAAAAGGUACUCCCAAGAUGUCGAACCCUUGCAUUCUGUGCAAGACGUGCAAAGAAACGCAUCCUGAUGCCGUUUUCCAUCGCUUUCCGAGGACCAAGACGAGAUGUCAAAGAUGGCUAAACGCACUGCAGCUUGAUGCUAUCAAAGACAAAACCCCGCGAGAGUUGUACAAGUCAUUUCGACUGUGCAGCAAUCAUUUUUCACCAAAGAACUACCUGACUGGGACGCAUUUCCCAGGAUUAAGAGAAAAUGCCUGCCCAGACCAAAAUCUUGAUCCAGAUAAUUUACCACUCCCGGCUGAAGCUGCAGAGAAUAUAACAUCUGAAAAUAAACCCCCAUCAAACUUGCCUAAGGAUUCAGGUGUAUCAAGCAUUACUAUGAGUAUAUGA